AUGUUAAAAGGUUUGGUACCUGGUAAAUUGGUAUCAUUACUCAACAAUGUCAUUGCUGAUGUCGGCAUCACCAAAGCUUUACUCUCCUCACUAUAUUAUGACCUUUUUCACACUAUUUGGACUAUUUGGACUCAAAGAUGUGACUCAUUUGAAAAAUGGAAAUUGUCUCGAG